GGUCGAACUUGCAUGAAGUGCCGUUUACACGGAAAAAUUGUACCUCUAAAGGGACACAAACGAAAUUGCCCAUACACCAACUGUAAUUGCUUGCGUUGUGCGAGCCAUGAUAACUAUCUAGAGAAAGGAAACAGCAAACGUAGCGAAAACUCAGACAAAGGACUUCAAUGGAGGCAAAAUCUCAAUGCAGAAAUUGAAGCAAAAAGCGGCUCCCCACGUGGCUUCAUCACUUGUAGCACUUCAACAAGCACUCAAACAAGCACUCAAACAAGCACUUCAGUAAGCGUUGUACAGUUUCCGAAACCUAGGAAAGAAGAGGAUAGUCAUUUUGCUCUUCAACUGGCGGAUUUGAUGACAGCCAAAUCGGUAGUGGACAAGAAGAAAACACUAGCUGAAAAAAGAAAAGAGAAGCAAAGAAUGCAGUUGCAAAGACACCGUACAUUGUAUAACAGUGUAAAUCAAUAUGCCMAACAAGUUUCUAGUUACGAUGAAAACCUAAACCCCGUGACAGUGCUUAAAACAGCAAUCCAACUGCAUCAAUUGCAUCCAAAAGCAAGUGAAGUGAAAAAAGAAACGUUGCCAAUUAUUCAGCCACAUGUGGGAUCACUUUUAGCCCAGAAUAAAUCUAACAAUUUUAACGACAAAAUCACAAGCCUGAGGCAGGUGCUACCAACAGUACYAGAAGCAAAACUUGCCGCACUUUUAGCAGGAAAUGGAGGAGAUAUGGAUGCUGUGGUGCAAGAAAUUCUCGAGACUACGCCUGACGAGGAGAAUAGCACUACGGAGUGUUCUACUACUACUAUAGUUGACUUAGAAGCAGAAGAAGAAAGCAAACACACAGAAGUCCCAGCCCUAAAGUCAGCCCUAAACUGCGACUUCGAACUUCUCGCAAAGAUCCAAGUGGAUAAAGCAAUCUUGAAGGAUAUAGUGACCAACGUCAAAGCCAAUUCGAAAGAAAGAGAAAAAGACGAGCCAAGAAUUAUUUCAUUCAACAAGUUGGACGAUGACCCACAGUUGSUUUCGAUUUCAACCCCAACAGAGGAAAACAAAAGGAAAUGCCCUCAGUGCCAACGCCUUAUUGCAAUAGAGAACUGUUUCUUUUGCUGCUAUUGUGGAGCAGUUUUAGACAAGCAGCAUAUAAGGUGGUAAAAUAUAUCACUAAUGAUGCAGCUGACCUUUCUUGU